AUGGAACAAAAUAAGAAAUUAGGAGUUACCCAUGCUAUACGAGAAAAACUAAAUUUCCGUGAUGAAAGAUUAUGGAAACGUUUUAGUGCCCGAAGGUUAGAAUUAAUUGACACGCUAGAUUUAAGUUCUCGUAAGGCAAGUGAACAAGAACAAGAAAUAAGAAGAGUUUCCGAGAUGCUACGAUUGGAAUUCGACUAUCCUGCUUCAUAUACUUCCGAUUUCAAUAAAUUAGUUCGAGCAGCAAUACAAAGUGUUCGAAGAAAUAGAAAACGGUCAUCCAAGAAACACACCAGUCCUGAAGAAUCUUCUUUGAAAAAGAGAAAGCUAGUUGAUAGUGAUCUGAAUGGGAAUGGGAAUAAUACUAAUUCUUUUUUGUCAGAAAUUGUACGAAAUGAAGAAGAUGUUUAUGAUGUGAAUUAUAAUAGAGAAAAAAGAUUCACUAGUGACGAUCAAGCAAAAGGCACUAUUGAAAAUAUGACAAAGCCUAGAUUGCCACCAUUAACUAAUUUUAGUAUGAAUAAGACAAUAAAUAUUCCUCUGGCAGCUGUUGCUAAAAAGAAUAUUCUCAAUAAAAUUGAAAAAUCAAGAUCAUGCAAUGAAAGUGUUAAUUCAAAACUGGAAAAUUUGCAAUUUUUAGGAAAAUCGGUGAUGUCUACUUGCAUUGGUUACAUUUUCGAAAAAUCUUUCUUGGAUUUAAACCCACAAUCAAUGCUAUAUUUACGGAAUAAAUUGAAUAGUGAAGCAUCAUUGGGUAAAUUUUUUCGACAGCUAGAUCCAGUGAAUACGAGCAGUAUAAAUGACGAGACAGCAGUGAUAUCUUUAUAUACAUUAUUAGGUGCCAUGGUAAAAGAUUUUGGGUUUGAGGACAUUAUUUUCCCUAUUUGUGAGAUUUUGUAUGCAUCAGUGUUGCAAGAAUAUCCCUUGAUGGCGAAAAAUUCCAUCCCAUUUAGAAGCGAGGACCAGUAUUUGGGUAGCAAUAUUACACAUCCACCAGAAAACGAUGUCUACUCACUUAAUAAACUUGCAGAAGUGGCAUCUCAUUUACAGAAUACUGGUAGCGAUACUUCAAUGUCGACUAUGGAACCAUCAAGAAGCGUAACUCCAACGCCAUCGCUAACAAGCUCAUACAAGAAGAGAGUGUAUUUGAAAUUUUUCAAUCAAAAGCUAGAAUUUUUGUACCCAGUUAGAAUUGCUGCUACACCAAGAUACAAUGAGCUUUUGGAGAAUGCAAAGUCCGCAUUUAAGCUACCAGAUACUACAAUUGUCUUUAAACACCAUGGUAAGAUUGUUCAAAGUGAUUUGGAAUUAGAAAGGGUUUUCAAAAGUGACGAAGAUGUUAUUGAACUUGAAAUAUCUACACAUAAUCCAAUGCCAAUUUAUGAAAUGCACAAGCGAUUAUCCCAGCAAGGCUAUCAACAUCCUACUGAAUCGCAGCGAAUUAUAUUGCCACCUCCCAUAAAUACAAAUGCAACGAUGAACAAUGGUUCUAAUUUGACUUCAAGACUUGGUCUGUUUAAUUUCUUGAGUAAUUCAGAAGAUGCUCUGAAACCACCACUACAUCCGCAACGACCAAUUCUUCCCAACUUUCAACCAUUAUUAUAA